AUGCAGGGUGAGAACCCACCCCACCGGGGGCGCGCGCUUCUGCCCCGGCCCUCGUCCAGCCCAGCCUCUGCCUGCGUGCGCACUCACCGCUGGCCCAGGCUGCGCCAGAGCGCAUCACGGGCACGCCCGCCGGCCAGCCCCGCCCCUCGGCCCCACCCCGGAGCAGCAACUCACAGCUCCCCAGGCAGCCAGAGCCCUGACAGCCAGAAAGCGCAGACCCACCCGGCAGGACAAGGCCGGGUGACUCGAUUUGGGGAAAUUACUUUAUUACCAAUCAACUCGGUUCACUUGGGCUGGCGCAGGAGGGAUUUCCUGCUGCGGCUGCAGGAUACCAUGAGAUACCUGCGCUGCUGCCUGGAGGAGAAUCGCCUUGACCACCUCUUCUCUGGCAAUGAGAACAUGCCCCAGGAGAUCAUCUUGCCCCCUGCCUUCCAAACAGCUGAACCCCUCAACCUUUCCCAGGAAGGAACGCUAGCCAUGGCUGCCACAGAAUUCCUCAUCCGGGUUCUGCUAGGGACCAUUUGGUACCCGCAGAAGGUCGGUGAUGAGCUGGAUGAGACCACGCGUGAGCGCAUGCAGCAACGUGCGCAGCUGCUGAGCUUGGAGAUGUCUCGGCUGCUGCAGGAGCUGGAGCAGAGCAGCCAGGAGCAGAGCAAUAUGGCCUGGGGAGCUCUGCUCUUUGCUGCCUUGCAGCAGCGACAGUUCUGGGCCAUUGCUGGAGUCCUGGUCCUGCUCUUUGGGCUCUGGUGGUGGCUCAGCAGAAGGAGCCAUGAGACCGACAGAUGCAGCAAGAAAGGCAGUUGCAGAAAGAAGGGGCACAGGCAGGAGCAAGAAGGAAAACCCAGUGUUGCUCUGGAUGUGGGCAGAAUUUUGGCGGAGCGCCUUCUGGACGUGCCAGAAUCAUUUGUCAUGGUGGAGGAGCUGGUGGAUGAACUUCUGCGUACCUGCCGAAGACUCUGCAGGAAUAGUUUCAUGCCGCGACUGAUGCCAGCCAUUGGGGAGGGCAGUUUCUGCCAAGGCUGGAGUCCCCGUGAGGAUGACGCCGUCUACCGCCUGCUCGUGCCCCUGCAGGCCCCCCGCGGGCACGCCUUCCACCUCGAGCUGGGCACUGAUGAGGAGAUGCCGGCAAGGAACUCCCGCCUCCGCGUGGAGCUGGUGUGUACCUGCACGAGGGAGCGGCUGGUGAAGGACAUGCUGUGCUUCCUCCACCACCCCAAGGAGGAGCUGAGGAGAAAUCAGGGUCCCAGCCUGCUAGGCACCCUCUGCACCGGCCCCUACCUAGACGUGGAGAAAACCACACGUUGGUUCCAGACAUUGGUACGUGCAGCCUGGCAGGUUUUGCCUCGGUCACAACACAGCCGCCUCACAGUGCUGCCCUCCAGGCGCUCCUGCAAGCUCCGGGUUGUGGAUGCUUCUGAUAGUCUCCUCCUGAUUGAGAUGCUGUUUGGGGUGCAGCAAGGUGACUCGGACACCUUCCUGAGCAUCGAGUAGGCAGAGGCCAGGCUUACCAUCAGCGGGACGUGGCCAGAGAGCUGUGCUAUGGCAGAGGUGCACAUCUUCACGCACAGGGCCAGGCGUGGCGGCACUCCCCGGGGAGCUGGUCCUGCAGAACCAAGCACGCUGGACACGGAGAACACACAGCUCCGUCAGCAGUGGGAAUUGCUGCUGCGCCUUUCCUGCGCAGAAGAAGCACGCCCUGGGGAGCGGGGCCCCAUGCAGCUGAAGGGGCCGUUGCAAGGAGGCUUGCGACAGAGACACCCGUUGCCUGCUGGACGGUGACUGCCCUUCCUCUCUGAGAGACACUGUCC